ACUAUCCUGGCUGAGAGCGGCGAAUGGUAUCUGUCAGUCCUUGACCUGCACUCCCAGAGGCGGAGACAGAGAUGGAACGAAGAUAAGGGCGCGCGAUUAAAGUGCGGUGGUUCUGUGCAUCAGCUAAAGUCGGGCAUAACGCAUUGAAUUGUUGACUAGAGAAGAUCUAUCUAUUGUGAGCAAUUGUGUGUUACGAAUAAAUAGAUUUGUAAGUAGAUCUUUACAAUUUCUUGUAUGAGGGAUAGCAAGGGCACUUUUAGUGAACUUUAUUUUCUAUUUGAAUGUCAAACUCAAUUGGAAACAUUCUAUAAAAGCUUAACGAAGCUUUGUGAAGUGAACAAUGUUCCAGAAAAACUUUUUUGUACCAAGAUAAUGCUGUAGUGUCCCUUACGUCGGAGAUAUUAUGGCCAUGCCGUCACUGGAUGUUGUGAUCGCUCUCUAUUCAAUACUUCUACUAGCAGCAGCGGUGUAUUGUAGCAGUGAUUGCUCUAACCUGAAAAUAUUGGAUGGUGCAAUCAAGAUCAACAGCACUGAACUAUGUAUCGCUGAAUUUAAUUCCUCAGAAUGCAGUUCGUUUAUUCGAAGCUUCAACAAAUUGGAUUUACCCACACAGUUCCAGAAUGACGAACACGCUAUUGAAGCGCCAUCUUUUAUAAACCUGGUUGGUCUGGUGGCGGACUAUAAAAUCAAUGAAAACCUGUACAAGACUCCUCUCGUCAGAGUGGAAUGGAAACCUCCUAAAGCAGAAAAGUCCAGAUAUGACCUACGAGGCUAUUUGCUGCUGUACGAGACUGACUACAGCAAAGAAUGUCGAAUGUUUUCAUUUAACUCUACAAGCCCGCGACAGAUGAACAAGCUUCUGCUCAGUUAUGACGUCCAUCUACCUGGACUGGUCUCCGCCCACUACACGUUUAGUGUGUACAGUCUGCCACCGCCUGACCCCACCACCAAGGACGAGGAAGGCAGACGCGUUCAGAUGUCCAUCGCCACAUUCAGACGCUUUAUGCUCAGCAGUAACCCCGCUGACUGGGUUCCUUCAAUAUCUACCAAAGCUUACGCCUCUGGAAUUCUAGACGUCAAAUUUACACUGUCGCCGCCUGAAUUUCGGUUUACAAAGUUCAAAGUUCAACUUCUUAAAAAAUCUCACUCGGAAGUGAAUUAUUACAGAGAGGAAACUUACGAGGGAAAAUAUUUUUCAGCCUCUGAACCAGAAGGUAGAGUUCAAUUCACAAAUCUGACGAGUGAUUCAUAUAGAGUCAAGGUUCAGGCCAAAGAAGAGUUCGGUGGUCUUGGUGGAAAGUGUCUUUGCUGGAAGUACAAUAGAAAUAGAUUUGGCCCAGGAUGUCGCCAAGGCAGAUGUUGUGAGAACGCGUGUGAUGGAAUAAUGACAGCGUGGAUCUACGUGGGCAGUGCUAAUUCAAGAACAGAAACAGUUUCUACCACAACAGCCUUCCCAACAGCAUCGUACGCAAUUAAUACCACUCCUGCUACAACAUCAAAUCAAAAUGUUCUUGCUGUAGCACCAUCCUACACACGUGACUAUGACCCAGCUGCUGGCUCAAGAACAAACGUUUCGACCUUGCGUUCAAUUACAAAUGAGGCUCGAACAAUGAUGAUGACUGAAUCGACCUUCUCCAUUACCACCAAUAACAUGACUGCAGAAAUACCCAGAGAACGUGGUGCCGUAAACACACUCACAAUCAGUUCAACCUCCGACCCAUCUAAAGUGAAGAAUAAUGAUGCCAGCGUGACUCUGAAGUGGUUAAUUGCUUCCAUUACAGUAGUGGCUCUCGUAACAACUAUUGCACUCAUUUUGAGACUUAAAAGAACGAAUAGCAUCACAUGCUUGAAUACAAGUAGCUUUGCUCUGAGCAAGCCAGCCCUGACACUCUGCGUUAAAGAACCACUUAUGCCAAAAUAUCUAAACGGACCAGUUCUUUCACCCGAUCCGAAGGAAUCAGUUCUGCCUCCUUGUCCGAUCGAAUCAACUCUGUCGCCCAGUACAUAUGAACCGGUUCUGUCAGCCGAUCAAAACGAAUCGGUUCUUCCAACACAUCAGUACGAAUCAGUCCUGACACCAAAUCUAAAUGAUACAGUUCUAUCUCACAGUCUGUACUAUGACCCUAUUAUGUCCCACCAACUGAAUGAUCAAGCUCUGGCGAUCACUCUGCACGAUCAAGAUUGGGUAGAGCUUAAGCCUAAUCCAGCUGAGUUGUCAACCAAAAAUCUGUACAUUAUGUCAGCAGACGAUCAUUGUGAUCACGUGACCGUGGUUGAAUGUUUGGUGGACUAUUUGGAGCUUCACUGUCACUGUCGAGUUGCGUACUCCCAUAGAUCAAAGGACAUUCAUAAUUUUGAUUUCCCCUACUCUUGGUUCCUCAACCGCGUCACCAACUCUGAUCAUAUCAUCUUCGUCAACUCACUGAGGGCCCAGAAACUGCUAGAAGCUCUCCUGGAACUCAAUUUAUACAAAGCCGGAGAUAAAAUGUUGAGACCGGAAGAUGAACAAUUUUUAAACUGCGUGAAAUAUAUCUUCACGGACGGCCUGUCUCGAGAUAAAGUCAUCAACAUUUAUUUCGGGAAUACCCACACGCAGUUUAAAUAUUUGAAGUCACCUUUCACCUUUCAAAUUCCAAAUAGUCUGCCAGAGUUUCUUCUGAAGAUUCACGCACUUACGAAUAAAGACAAAACCCUAUAUAAUAGUCGACUUCCACUAUUACAAGAAAACAUUCGAACUUUACAUAAAGGAUUAGAACUUGUUGAAGCCAUCAAAUCGUCUGUUCUUUACGAACGAAACAACCCAGGCUGGCUGGAGAAUAUCUUUGGAGAAGUUGGGACAGAUACGUCCAACGUGCAACAGACAACAAAUGCUGCACCAACUUCUCCGUAUUUUGUUGAUUUGAGGGACUUUAUGUUUGAUAACAGUAGCUGUGAGACGGUGUCUAUUGCUACGGCUGGUGUUAGCUGUCAUGUUGUAGUGGAUGAAGAUACUUCUGCUGCUUUAAGUGUUGUCCCUCCUUCGUUGAUCGUGCCAUGUUCCGACUUGACCUCAGCUACAAGUGUAAAUGCAGCUCUUACUCAAAUUAACGAGAACACUCGUGUAUGAAUUUGGAAAUCAAUACAUGAAUGAAGAUUGAACUAGAUGCGUGAGUGAAUGUUAAAUUAAAUAAAUGAGUGAAUAUUAAACUAAAUUCAUAAAUGAAGAUUGAAGUAAAUAUUUGAGUGGAGAUUGAAUUAAAUACGAGAGUGAAGAUUGGACUAAAUAGCCUACAUGUGUGAAGAUUGAGAUAAAUACGUGUGUGAAGAUUGAACUAAAUAGCCUACAUGUGUGAAGAUUGAACUAAAUAGCCUAGAUGUGUGAAGAUUGAACUAAAUAGCCUACAUAUGUGAAGAUUAA